CGGCUUUGCACACAGUAGUCCGGUGCAUCCUCGCAUUUGAGUACCAUCUAACCAUAGUCGGUCGCGGCUUGUGAACCCAUCACCGUCGGCUUGGUCGUGUUAUCACACCGCGUGAAUGACCGACCGUCUGUAAGUGUAGGACCCACGUGGAGAACCGAGAAAAUCGCACACCUUCCGGCGGGGUUUAAGUUGCACACAUCGAAGACGACCGUCUGUGACAGGACGAGGUUGACGCUACUAUGUCGGAGACAUUGGCCCUAACGGGAAUCGGACCCCCCGACAAGGAACUUAAAGAACACAAAUUGAAAACGUACAAAGUUACCGUAACGUCUGAUGAUGAUACUCACCAGACGUCCAACGGAGUCCCACCAUACGACCCACACGCUCAUCGUAUACUCGAACAUCCUACAAAUAAUUCAGAAACCCUCAUCCAUUUACUCAAGGGCAGUCUCGGUACCGGAAUAUUGGCUAUGCCAAAUGCCUUUUACAAUUCCGGUCUGCUCGUUGGAACUGUAGGCACCAUACUUAUUGGGAUUCUGUGCACUUAUUGCUUACACGUUUUAAUUAGAUCUCAAUACAUACUAUGCAAGAGACUGCGAGAGCCAAUACUGAGUUAUCCGGAUUCGAUGAAGUACGCGCUGCAGAACGGCCCGUCAUUUUUGAGAUUUGGAGUCCCACUCUCGGCGCUAAUCGUCGACGGAUUCCUAAUAACCUAUCAGCUGGGCAUAUGCUGUGUGUACAUCAUGUUUAUAGGGUCCAGCAUCAAACAGGUUUUGGACAUGUACAUUGAACCGAUGGACGAGCGGUACUAUAUGAUAAUGUUGUUGCUGCCGUUAAUAGCAAUAAAUCUGAUCAGAAAUCUGAAACUGUUGGCGCCUUUCUCGCAGCUAGCCAACAUCAUCACGUUCGUCGGUCUUGGAAUCGUUCUUUGGUAUGUUUUCACGGACUUGCCGCCAAUUUCUUCCCGACCUUUGGUCGGUGAGCCUCGCAAGUACACCUUGUUCGUGGGCACUACUUUGUUCGCGUUGGAAGCAGUUGGCGUGGUGUUGGCUUUGGAAAACAACAUGAAAACACCCGCGUCUUUCGGAGGUACCACCGGCGUGUUGAACGUAGGCAUGACGGCCAUAACCCUCAUGUAUGUCGCUGUGGGCUUUUUCGGGUACGUCAAGUACGGACAGGAAGCCAAGGGCAGCAUAACUCUUAAUUUACCGGAACUGGACUUACUCGCGCAAGCCGUCAAACUGAUUUUCGCAGUGGCAAUAUUUAUUACAUACGCCCUUCAAGCAUACGUAGCGGUGGACAUAAUAUGGAACACUUAUAUGAAAAAGAGAAUUCAAAACUGGGACAAAGCCACGAUGGAAUACGGUCUCCGGGUGUCUGUCGUUCUCGUCACUUUCGUGUUGGCGGUUUCCAUUCCUCGGUUGGAACUGUUCAUUUCGCUGUUUGGCGCCCUUUGCCUGUCCGUGUUGGGCAUCGCUUUCCCGGCACUUAUUGAGAUUUGCGUGCUAUGGCCCGAAGACGACUUCGGACCCUUUAGGUACGUGCUAUGGAAAGACAUCUUGUUGAUCAUCAUCGGUGUUCUGGCGUUGGUGUUGGGCACGUACAUCAGCGUGCAAGACAUUGUCAGGUCGUUCAACUGAAGAAACAAUACCGGCGGCCUACCCUGUCUGAUAAAUGAUAAUUAUAGUUUUUUUUUUUUUUAUUACUUAUUACCUUUUUUUUUAAACUUAGCUUAUACAAUUUCGACCAAUAGUUCUUUUAAUUUGUAUUAGUAUUGUUGUUCAUCGGCAGGGUCGUUGGAACUCUACCUAAAAAAUGCAUUGUACACGAAAAAAAAAAUACAGGAAGAGUCACGUCUCGCGCCCGUUGUUAAUGCUAUUUUUGUAUAAAUAUUAUUAUGAUUUAUGAAAUAUUAUCUUUUAUUAA